AUGAUUCCAACUAGUAUUAAAAAUAUUGAAACCUAUGAUCAUAUUACCUUUUGGGUUGGAAAUGCUAAGCAAGCUUCUUCCUACUAUUGUUCAAAGUUUGGUUUUGAUAGAAUAGCCGUCAAAGAUCUCGAAACAGGUGAUAGAGAGUAUGCUACUCAUGUCGUUCGUCAAAACCGAAUUACUUUGUCAUUCGUCUCAUCGCUGACCACUGACAACAAGGAGUUUGCCAAACACAUGGAGAUGGGCGGUGAUGGUAUUAAAGAUUUAGCAUUCACCGUUGAUGAUGCAAAAUUAUCAUAUUCAUCUGCAGUUGAAGCUGGAGCAGUUUCAAUUAAGGAGCCAUACGAACUUUCAGAUGAAAAUGGAAUUGUUAUUAUGGCAACCAUUGCAUCGCCAAUUGGAAAUUUGACACAUACUUUUGUCCAAAGAAAUAAAUACACUGGUGAAUUCCUGCCUGGUUUCAGUAGCAAUGUUUUCAAGGAUCCACUUACCCAUAUUACUGGACCUGUCGGUCUCAAGGUAUGUGAUCACCACGUCUACUGUGUCGAGGAUAACACACUCCUCAAGAAUGUUGAUUGGUACGAGAGAGUGAUGGGAUUCCACCAAUAUUGGACACCGAGUGAGAAGAUUAAAACCGAGACAUCGGAGCUCUCGUCGAUUGUCGUAGCCGACCCAACUCAGAACGUGAAGAUCCCGAUCAACCAGACCGAAAAGAGAAUACAAAAGUCACAAGUCGAAGAGUAUAUCGAUUUCUAUGGACGUGCCGGUAUUCAGCAUAUUGCUCUGACCACUGACAACAUCGUCGACUCCAUCGAUAAAAUCACAAAGCGUGGUGUAGAAUUGAUGCGUCCACCAAAGCACUACUACGAUGUAGUGAAGCCAAAGAUGGCUGCUGCAGGUAUCAAUGUGACAGAGGGUUUCGAGUUGCUCGAAAAGUAUGGCAUAUUCGUUGACAACGAUGAGAAGGCUGGUUACCUCCUACAGGUUUUCACCAAGCCAAUGCAAGACAGACCAACAUUCAUCGUUGAAAUCAUACAAAAAGUCGAGAAUAGCAUGGGAUUUGGCGCUGGUAAUUUCAAAUCAAUCUUUGAAGCAAUUGAAAUUGAACAAACCAAAAGAGGAAAUUCUUAA